CGAGCUGGAUUACUACGACUCGCCCAGCGUGAACGCUCGGUGCCAGAAGAUCUGCGACCAGUGGGAUGUUCUGGGUUCCUUGACCCACAGUAGGAGAGAGGCUCUCGAGAAAACAGAGAAGCAGCUGGAAACGAUCGACGAGCUGCACCUGGAGUACGCGAAGAGGGCAGCCCCCUUCAACAACUGGAUGGAGAGCGCCAUGGAAGACCUUCAGGACAUGUUCAUCGUCCACACCAUCGAGGAGAUCGAGGGACUCAUCGCUGCUCACGACCAGUUCAAGUCCACCCUGCCCGACGCCGACAAGGAGCGCGAGGCCAUCCUGGGCAUCCAGAGGGAAGCGCAGCGGAUCGCGGACUUCAACAGCAUCAAGCUCUCUGGGAACAACCCCUACACCUCUGUCACCCCGCAGAUCAUCAACUCCAAGUGGGAACGGGUCCAGCAGCUGGUGCCGAAGAGGGACCAUGCCUUGCUCGACGAGCAGAGCAAGCAACAAUCCAACGAGCAUUUACGUCGGCAGUUCGCCAUCCAGGCCAACAUCGAGGGGCCCUGGAUCCAGACCAAGAUGGAGGAGAUCGGGCGCAUCUCCAUCGAGAUGAACGGCACGCUGGAGGACCAGCUCAACCACCUCAAGCAAUACGAGCAGAGCAUCGUGGACUACAAACCCAACAUCGACCUGCUGGAGCAGCAGCACCAGCUCAUUCAGGAGGCUCUGAUCUUCGACAACAAGCACACCAACUACACCAUGGAG